AUGGCGAGCCGUGAUAUAGAGCUUGAGUCUAUUUCUCAUCCUAUUUCCAGGACAGGGGUUUUUACGACCCCAGAUGAGAGCGGAACUCAGCAAGCUGAUUCGCAGCCCGAAGAUGGCAGACAAGAAUUCUCACUACCACCUGUCGAUGGGGGAAAGGAUGCUUGGCUUUUCCUAGCAGCGUGCUUCGCGAUCGAAGCUUUAGUUUGGGGUUUCCCCUUUUCCUUCGGAGUGUUCCAGGACUAUUAUAGCACCCACGAGCCUUUUGCGGGUUCGCCGAAUGUUGCUGUCAUCGGUACUUGUGCAAUGGGUAUCAUGUACCUGACUUGCCCUCUCAUGAUGGGGCUCUGCCGCAUCUUUGCUCGGUGGGCUCGGUGGACGUCUAUAGUUGGGUUAUUCACUAUGUGCCUUGCACUUGCGAUGAGCUCCUUUUCGUCGAAUAUCUCACAUCUCAUCGCCACCCAAGGUGUCCUUUAUGCUAUCGGUGGUGGCAUCGCCUACUGUCCUUGUAUAUUGUAUAUAGACGAGUGGUUUGUACAACGCAAAGGUCUCGCCUAUGGUAUCAUGUGGAGUGGUACGGGCCUCGCAGGAGUAGUGCUACCUCUCCUCAUGGAAUUCCUCCUUCGCACUGUCGGGUUCAGAACAACGUUGCGGAUCUGGUCUGGUGUGCUUUUCGCCUUGACGAUUCCGUUAUCGUUCUACAUCAAGCCACGACUCCCCUAUUCAGCUACCAGCCAUGUUAAACCCUUCAGCUUAAGCAUGUUCUUGUUGCCGACUUUUUGGUUAUACCAAUUGGCCAAUGUGAUAGAAGCGAUGGGAUUCUUCUUGCCGGGUAUUUAUCUUCCUAAUUAUGCCCGCAGUGCUCUCGGCGCCGCAUCAUACGGUUCAGCAGCACACUAUCCUUUUGGGGUUAUGAUGGACAUCGUCCGAAAAGGAGAAUCAUUAGAUCAAGGCUACAUUGACCCAAGUAUGGUAUUUGGCUGGCUUGCUGCAGGGCGAGGUAUUGGUAACGUGGUCUCGGGACCUCUGAGCGAAAAUCUAAUACGAAGUCUGCCGUGGAAAGGAAACACGGCACCAUUUGGCUACAGUAGUGGUUACGGCAGCUUGAUAGUGUUUACUGGUGUGACGGCUCUGCUAGGAGGUGCGAGCUUUGUCUGGAGGCGACUGGGUAUGUUGUAA